AUGAAUCAGCAGUCGAGCAAACCCCCUAACGAACUGCGAGCCUCGAGGUAUAAAUCAGCCGCGAAUAUACGGAAGCUAAGCGCGACGACGAGACAGGUGCAGUUCAAUGGUCGAUCGACUAAUUUCUCGUUGCUGCAGAGUAGGAGGAGAUUGCCGUCUUCUCGGAUAUCAGGCUUGAGUUCCGGAAGUCGCAUGUUCUUCUACAGGCGUGCAGAUCGGUUGAAGAUUCCCAAGUACCAGAACACUUAUCGGUUGGAAUCGUUCCGGAAAUUCGACGUCGAGGUGAUCGACAUGAUGGUUGAAAACGUCAUGGUGAGGAAACUCUCACCGGUUACGGCCUACCAUCCGAAUCAAAUGUCGAGACUGUGUUCCGACAUUGGAUCGGACUUGCAAACGGCGCUCUGUAGAAAGGAUUACGACAGGUACAAAUUAGUGGUGCAGGUGACCAUAGUGCAACGUUUCGAUCAAGGUAUCCACUCGGGCGCCCAAUGCCUCUGGGACGUGGAACGGGACAAUUAUUCGUACUACCUUUUCGAAAACAACCACAUCUACGCAUGGUGUUGCGUGUUCGGCAUGUACUACGAGUGAAACUCGCUCUGUUUAAAUCCGUUCCGACCAUACCAUGUCUCGCUAGCAACCCCCGAUAUUCGUUUCAAUUCCAAACUAAU